ACUAAAUGGAUGCUCUUUUCAGCACACAGCUGGAAUUCUUGGUGGUGGGCAUGCUGUCAAAAUUCUUGGAUGGGGUGUAGACCAAGGAGUGCCGUAUUGGUUGGUUGCCAAUUCUUGGAACACCGACUGGGGUGAAGAUGCAUAUAAACGUCAGUUUUUAGGAAAGCGAGCUUAUGCAGUUGACAGUGAUGCGGAAUCUAUUCAAAAGGAAAUCAUGACUUUCGGUCCGGUUGAGGCUGCUUUUGAAGUUUAUACCGACUUCCUAAACUAUGCUGGUGGAAUUUACAAAGUAUGUUUUUCUUUAAAGUUUAGGUUCUUUUUAUUUCUGCGCGCAAUCAAACUUCCUUUUGGAAAAGUGGUAUGCAGUAUACAUAAGACUGCAACAGAAAUGAAUAUUGCUAAGGACACAGUGCUGUCUUUACUGGCAACAGAACUAACCGGCAAGUAAUA